UAAGGUAUUUUUUGAUUGUCACAUGUUGUUGGAAUUCCUUCUACGUUCAUGGAGUCUACCAAAAGACCUCCUUUCUUGGAAGAGGACCAUGAUUUGGCUUCCGCUUCAGACAUGGAAGCUGGGUAUUCUGGGUAUCAUAGUCACUACCAUUAUUACCAACACAUCCUUGUAUCAAGGUCCAUGGGUUAUGCCACCUCCUUCUAUAGAACAGGCAAGGUUUGUUCCCCAAGAUCUGGGAGGUUCUACGACUCCAGAUUUGAAGAUCACCAACCCUAUUUCCUUCAGGCUUGUUUUCUCUGCAAGAAGCCCCUGGGGGACAAUAGAGAUAUCUUCAUGUACAGAGGGGACAUACCUUUUUGUAGUGAAGAGUGCAGGCAAGAGCAAAUAGAGUCAGAUGAAGCGAAGGAGAAGCAUAGAAACCUUUCUUCAUCCAUGGAGGCUUUGAGGAAGAAGGAUCAAAAUAGAUCUACCUCCCCUAACAAGGCUCAGGAUUACCCCUUUCGUACAGGCACAGUAGCUGCCGCUUAGUGAUAAAGAAAACUAAUCUAAAGAGUGUAAACAACAUAAGAGUGUCUACUGCAAGGUAGCGGAAGGUGAAGAGGAAGAAGGGGCAGAGCGAAGAGCCUCGCACUAAAAGAGUUCCUCGUCUGCUUUCUUUCCCAGAGGAACAAGGGUCACGAAGAGAAGAGAGAGAUCAUAUUGGGAUUUUCUUUUAGGUGUAAAUGGUAUACAUACCGAUAACGAGUUGUGUGUUCUCAGGGGGAUCCUAUCUGCGAAAUUGCUCUGUUUGCUUUUUAAUUUCGUCUCUGGUUUUCUUCUUCCUUGUGGUUGUGCCAAAUAGUUUUAUAGUUUUAACUAAGAAACUGAAUAUCAAUACAAAGUAAAUUUCGUUAUCUUCC